AUCCAAGGCUCGAGCGCCAGCCGUUGCGAGGAUGACGGACGUGGUCCACCCAAACGGCGAGACCAAGCUCGAGGUCGCCGACACGCGCAGCAUCUUCGUCAACGAUGAGGCCAAGAACCGCGAGCUCCGGCUCAAGGGGUACUACACGACCAAUUGGGUCGCAACGUCCAAGUACACGCUCGUGAGCUUUGUGCCCAAGACGCUCUUUGAGUUUUUCGGGUCAUUGCCAACGGAUAUUUCCUCUUCAUCUCGGUCAUUCAACUGGCCACGUCGUGGUCGCCAACGAACCCGUACACGACGGCCGGGCCGCUCCUAAUCGUGCUGCUCGUCUCCAUGUUCAAGCAAGGCUUGGAAGACAAGAAGCGCCAUGACGCGGAUGCGAUCCAAAACAGCCGCCUCUGCACCGUGGUGACCGCGGGCGGCAAGCUCGUGAGCAAAAAAUGGCAGGACGUGCUCGUUGGCGACAUUCUCUUCCUCAAGGACAAGGACGAGCUGCCCGCGGACAUAUUGAUCUUGGCCACGUCGGAAGAAGAAGGUCGGUGCUUCGUCGAGACGUGCAACUUGGACGGCGAGACGAACUUGAAGCGCCGGACCGGGCUCGAGCCGAUUGCCAAGCUCGUUGGAUUCCGCGGUCUCAGCGACGCGGUGAUGAACGAAGAGGAGCACAAAGCGAGCUGCGCGGCGUUCCAAGGCUCGAUCGAGUACGAGCAACCCAACAAUCGUUUGUACAACUUUACGGGGCGCAUUCAAGCAGCGUCGACGGGCGACGCGGUGCCCAUUGGCCCCAACAACAUUAUUUUGCGCGGUUGCAGCAUUCGAAGCUGUGCCUACGUGUUUGGUGUCGUGCUCUUUGCGGGCAAGGAAACCAAGCUCAUGCAGAACGCCCGCGCGACGCCGUCCAAGCAAAGCAACGUCUACCGAAUGGUCAACCGCUGCAUCGUGCUCAUCUUUAUGACGCAGUUUUUGCUGUGCAUCAUCAGCACGCUCUCGUUCAAUUCGUGGGUCUCGGACUACAAGCAACGCGUGUGGUACCUCCCGUUCAUCGAGGCCGAUGGCACGGCCUUCUUUACAUUCCUCAUCCUCUACAACAACCUCGUGCCCAUCUCGCUCUACGUCUCCCUCGACAUGGUCAAGGUGGCCCAAGCCAAAAACAUCUCGUCAGACCCGGAAAUGUGCCAUGAAGGCUUCCAUGCGAUUGCCCGGACGUCGGACCUCAACGAGGACCUGGGGCAGAUCGAGUACAUUUUCUCCGACAAGACGGGGACACUCACUCAAAACAUCAUGGAGUUUCGCAAGUGCUCGAUCGGUGGCGUUGUCUACGGCUACGGGUCGACGGAAAUCGCAGCCGCGGUUGCGCUUCUCGCCAAGAAGGACACGUCGUCGGCACUCAAACCCAAGGAGCCCGAAGGGGACAUUGACGCGGCGCAGAUCUUCCGCGACAAGACCAUCAACUUUGACGACCCGCGAUUGGUGCACGAGCUCGCGACACAGGGUCCCAACGCCGACAAGAUUCGGGACUUCUUAACGCUGCUCUCGGUGUGUCACACGGUGAUUCCCGAGGCGAACGCAACCACGGGGGCGGUCAACUACCGCGCGUCGUCACCUGACGAAGAGGCGCUCGUCAAGGCCGCGCGCUGCCUUGGCUUCAAUCUAAAGACGCCAGCGCCGCUCUUGGAGGUCGACGUGACGCUCGCGGGACAGACCGCCGCGACGUGCGCGUACACGAUCUUGAACGUGAACGAGUUCAACUCGACGCGGAAACGCAUGUCGGUCGUGGCCCAGUUCCCGGACGACCGCCUCGUACUGCUAUGCAAGGGCGCCGACAAUGUAAUUUUGCCGCGCUGCAAGAAAGACGAGUUUUCGACCAACCUCGACGAACAGCUCCGCAACUUUGCGACUGAGGGCCUCCGGACGCUUGUGCUUGCCCAGCGCGAGCUCUCGAUUGCCGAGUACGACGCGUGGAACGCCAAGUACCAAGAGGCCGCAACGUCGCUCGUGAACCGGGACCAGAUGCUCGACGACGUGGCCGAGCUGCUCGAAGUCAACAUGGACAUUGUCGGGGCGACCGCGAUCGAAGACAAGCUCCAAGUCGGCGUCCCGCGCACGAUCUUCAAUCUCGCGCAGGCCGGCAUCAAGAUUUGGGUGCUCACUGGCGACAAGGAAGAAACCGCCGUCAACAUUGGCCACGCGUGCCGGCUCCUCGACGAUGGCAUGAAGCUGCUGUACAUCAACCGCGAAAACAUCGACGACCUCGUUGCGCAGAUUGACUAUUUGUUCCAAAUGCCAACGAUCCAAGACCUCUACAAGAAAAAAGCCGUGAGCAACGACAUGGCAGUCGUCUGCGACGGCAAGUCGCUCGUGCACCUCUUUCCCGCCAAAGCGACGACGCAGUCGGACGCGGAGAAGGCCACCGCAAAGGAGCUUCGGCGCAAACUUCUGGUCGUCGCGAGCGUCUGCAAAGCGCUCAUUGCGUGCCGCGUCUCGCCGGCGCAGAAGGCCGACAUUGUCAACCUCGUCCGCUUCAACUCGGUCAACAAGCCGAUUACGCUCGCGAUCGGCGACGGCGCCAACGACGUCAACAUGAUCCAGUCGGCGCACGUGGGCAUCGGCAUCUGCGGCCAAGAAGGCGUUCAGGCCGUGAACGCGAGCGACUAUGCGAUUGCGCAGUUUCGAUUUCUGGAGCGUCUCUUGCUCGUGCAUGGGCGCAGCAACUACAAGCGCAUCGCCAAGGUCAUCUUGUACUCGUUCUACAAGAACAUGUCGCUCGUGAUCGUGCUCUUUCUCUUCAACUUUUUCAACGGCCAAAGCGGCUCGUCGCUCUUUGAGAGUUUUGUGCUUGCGGGCUGGAACUUCUUUCUCGCGCUCCCAAUCAUCUCAAUUGGUGUCUUCGACCAAGACGUCAACCCGGAGCAAGCGUUGGCCUUCCCGCCACUGUACAUGACCGGCCAGCGCAACGAAGACCUCAACGUCAAGUGUUUUCUGCUCUGGAUCGCCAACGCCAUUUACCAUGCGUUUGUGAGCUUUUGGAUCCCGCUCUACAUUGUGCCGGCCUACACCGCCCACUCGUUUUACCUCCAAGGCACGACGAUCUACUCGGGCUUGCUCAUGACCAUGAACGCCAAGGUCAUUCUGGAGACGCUUUGCUGGACGCGGUUCAGCUACGCGGUCCUCGCCUUUAGCAUCCUCCUCUUCUUCUUCUUCCUCCUCGUGUACCCACACAUGACAUUCCUUGGCACGGACAUGUUUGGCGUGACCCCUAUCAUGCUUGGCGCGGAUCUCUACUGGACCGUCUUCUUCCUCAUCCCGGUUGCAGGCAUCCUUGUCGAUGUGUCCCUGACAAGCAUUUACCGUAUGUACUGGCCGACGGAAGCCAACAUCUUGCGCGAACGCAGCGCGCUCAAGAAGGUCGACCAGCGCCUCACGGACUUUUCGAGCCGCAAGGGUCUCGCGUCGCAGUCGUUCGUCGACAACGAGGGUGAUGAGAAGGCGGGCGUCCGCAACCUCGAGAUGCGCAGUUACAAGGGGUUUGCCUUCUCUGCGCCCGACGACAAACAGGCGACGACGCACCAAACGAGCACCGGCGCCAGCGUCCGCGAAAUCGCAACGCUGCGCGUCGACCAGCUCAGCACCGGGCGGCGCCUCAGCGACACCCAGUCGAUGCACGGCCCCCGCGACUCGUUCAAAGCCAACGAAGCGCGAUCGUCGACCAAUCCGUAGCCGCCGUCGACACGAAACACCAUCCAAAUAACCAUGUAGCUAGCGGCUC